AUGGGCAUUCUCGAAAAAAUAUCCGAAAUUGAGAAAGAGAUCGCGAGAACUCAAAAGAACAAAGCUACGGAAUAUCACCUUGGACUUCUAAAGGCAAAACUAGCAAAGUAUCGCUCACAACUUUUGGAGCCAAACAAAAAAUCUGAAAAAGGUGAAGGUUUCGAUGUCCUAAAAUCAGGAGAUGCUCGUGUGGCAUUAAUCGGCUUCCCUUCUGUGGGUAAAUCAACACUGCUCAGUACCUUGACGCAUACUGAAUCCGAAGCUGCAUCUUAUGAGUUCACUACCCUCACUUGUAUUCCCGGAGUCAUUGAAUAUAAGGGUGCAAACAUUCAACUUCUUGACCUUCCUGGCAUAAUAGAGGGAGCUUCACAGGGUAAAGGACGAGGCCGACAAGUAAUUGCAGUAGCAAGAACGGCAGAUCUAGUUCUCAUGAUGUUGGAUGCGACUAAACAGGAUGUCCAGAGACAGCUCUUAGAAAAAGAAUUGGAGUCAGUUGGCAUACGAUUAAACAAAAGAAAACCAAAUAUUUAUUUCAAAAUAAAAAAAGGCGGGGGCCUUUCGUUCAACUCAACUUGUCCAUUAACAAGAAUUGACGAGAAAUUAGUUCAACUGAUUCUACAUGAAUAUAAAAUUUUUAAUGCUGAAGUACUCUUUCGCGAGGAUUGCACGCCCGAUGAACUGAUCGAUGUAAUUAAUGCCAAUAGAGUCUACCUCCCUUGCCUUUAUGUUUACAAUAAAAUUGAUCAAAUCUCAAUAGAGGAGGUAGACAGAAUCGCCAGACAACCGAACAGCGUUGUCGUUAGUUGCAACAUGAAACUGAAUUUGGACUUUCUAUUGGAAACGUUAUGGGAAUACUUAUCUCUGAUAAGAGUUUACACAAAGAAACCAGGACAACCGCCCGAUUUCGAUGACGGACUUAUUCUGAGAAAAGGAGUUACGGUGGAACACGUGUGCCAUGGAAUUCAUCGUACGCUUGCUGCACAGUUUAAAUACGCACUGGUUUGGGGAACCAGCACCAAGUACUCACCCCAAAGAGUGGGACUGCAGCACGUAAUGCACGACGAAGACGUAAUACAAAUACUUAAGAAAUAAAUUUUAAAAUGUACCAUCCGCACGUUCGCAGCUUGUACAUAAAUUUCAUAUAAACAAUAGUAAUUGAUCGGAGCAAGAUGAAUCAUCAAAGUAUAAAACGGUCACUUUUUGGAAUAACUAAGUACUACACUUAACAAAUUUGUUUAAAAAAAAUCUAUAAUCGGGCCGCGAAAACCAAUUCCACUUUGAGAGUACUUAUUUACGUUUCAGUUCGUAAACUGACGGCCCCGCGAAAUGUAACCUACGUGUCGCAACCCGAUUAUAGUACCUGAAGCGGUAACCCAUAUUUCAGUUCUGUUGUAUAAAGUUUUUAAUACAUUUUUAUUCCAUACAAA